GAGAAAUCCUGCACUGCUUUGGCUUCGGCUCUCUGUACAAAUCCAUCACACAUCAGAGCGCUGGAUCUGAGUGGGUGUAAACUGGGAGACUCAGGAGUGGAGAAGCUCUGUGAUCUACUGAAGAAACACGAGUGUAAACUGGAGACACUGCGGUUAUCUCACUGCAGAAUAACAGAGAGAGGCGGUGCUGCUCUGACUGCAGCUCUGAGCUCAAACUCCUCACAUCUGAAAGAGCUGGAUCUGAGAGGGAAUGAACUAAAAGAUUCACUCACACAGCUCGAGGAGUUGCUGAAAAGUUCAGGAGGCCGGCUAAUGUAAGUGAACUUAACACACACAGGACUGAAUGUAUAUUUCCUCUAAAAUAUAAUGUAAGAGCAAGAAUGUCAUGUCUGUUCGAGUAAUGUAAUGGGACAAAUCAACAGAAUGUACCGAUGAUAAUCGUAUUGACAGAAGCCAGGGGCGCCGCUAGAAAUCUUGGACCCUAUGAAAGAUUACAAUUUAGG